UUGGCUGUGCAGAGUGUGGUGAAAUACUUGAACGUGGACCGUGAGUCCUGCAGCCUGUAGGGUCCUCGGCGGGCUGGACGCCGGGCGCACGGCCGUUGCUUCGCUUUUACCUGUGGGUUUGUCUGUUUCCCAUUGGUUUCAGGGGCGACCCCGCGCUGUGUGUGCGCUGAGGCCGCUGGGGCAGCGGAGGUGCCCCCCACGGAGAAGCGAGCCGGGCCGGCGUCCCGUGGGGAAGAUGAGCGGCAGCGGCACCAGCGCCAGGUCCAGCCACCUGUCUCAGCCGGUCGUGAAGAGCGUGCUGGUGUACCGCAACGGGGACCCCUUCUUCGCGGGCCGCCGCGUCGUCAUCCAUGAGAAGAAGGUGUCCAGCUUCGACGUCUUCCUGAAGGAGGUGACGGGCGGCGUUCAGGCGCCCUUUGGGGCCGUCAGGAACAUCUACACCCCGCGGACCGGGCACCGCAUCCGGAAGCUAGAGCAGAUCCAGAGCGGGGGCAACUACGUGGCUGGGGGCCAGGAAGCCUUCAAGAAACUCAAUUACUUGGAAAUAGGAGAAAUCAAGAAAAGACCAAUGGAAGUUGUUAAUUCAGAGGUAAAACCAGUAAUCCACAGCAGGAUCAAUGUGUCAGCUCGCUUUAGAAAACCACUCCAGGAACCCUGCACUAUCUUCUUGAUUGCAAAUGGAGACCUUGUCAGCCCAGCUUCUCGCCUCCUCAUCCCUAGAAAAGCCUUGAAUCAGUGGGAUCGUGUACUACAGAUGGUCACAGAAAAAAUAACUCUGAGGAGUGGGGCUGUCCACAGACUUUAUACUUUAGAAGGAAAACUGGUUGAGAGUGGGGCAGAGUUGGAGAAUGGACAGUUUUAUGUGGCCGUCGGCAGAGAUAAGUUUAAGAAAUUGCCUUACAGUGAAUUACUUUUUGACAAGUCAACAAUGAGAAGGUCUUUUGGUCAGAAACCUUCUUCACUACCUCCUAUCGUAGGAUCCAGAAAGUCUAAGGGGAGUGGAAAUGAUCGCCAAUCUAAGUCAACAGUCGGAUCCAGCGACAACUCAUCUCCUCAGCCCCCAAAGAGGAAAGGGAAAAAAGAAGAUGCGAAUUCGGAAAAACCCACGAAAGAGAAACAAAAUGUAAAGUUAAAGGAUUCACCACAACCAAUUCCGAACAGUGCUCCCAAGGAACUUGUGAUGUUUAGACUCCUGAUGAAUGAUGGGGAGCAGGUGCAGUGCCGGGGAAGCAUGACUGAAUGUGAUGACCUUGCUGGGUGA